AAGGAAACCAUGGAGUUGGCGGAGCUUCGACGACGGAACGAAAGUUUCGAUGUUGACGCUCUACGAGAACGAGCCUUCAAAGCACUGAACCAGCGUGGAUUGUCGAUUGAGCUUUUUACGAUGCUGGUGAAGCGUGGUGGUGUGAACAUCCAGCAGUUGCAUACCAUUGCAGAUCCCUGGCAACCGCCAGAGAAGUACGAUGGCCCGGCUUUGUUGGUGCUGGCACCCGACUCACAGGAGUUUGCAAGCGCCAAAGAAAUCAACGCCCAGUUCUGCACUGCCAUGGAGGUCGCUUCUGGCGCAGGAAGCCACUACAACAUGAUGCAGGGAGCGCAAGCUGCUGUACAAGCUCACCUGGUGAAGGAGUUCCUUCAGAGGUUGUCUGGGAUGGACUUGUCCAGCCCGGCUGCGCCGGCUGCACCGGCUGUGCUCAGUCAAACAAAGCCAGCCACAGAGGCAGCGAAGAAAGAAACAGUUGGAGAAGACAAACUUCUCAUCCUCAGGCGUGGUGCUCCAGAGCUUCCAAAAGUUUACAUGGUUCAUGGUCUAGAUGGCGAUGUGAUGAGCGGCGGUGCAACGUUCAAGACCAUCGCAGCACAUUUGGAGCCCUGCAGGGUUGGCGCCUUGAUCUACGACUCCGAGGCCUUGGCCUGCGAUUCGGUCCCUGCACUGUGCAGUCUAUACAACUCGCGUGUCCUGGCCGACUCAGAAAGCUUCAGCAAUGGUUCAGCCAGCAGUCCCGUAAUCGUAGCAGGAUACUCCUUCGGCUGUGUUCUUGCACAUCAGAUGGGAUACCAGCUGCGGCAGGCUGGAGUCAAUGUCGCUGUGGUGCUAUUUGAUUUGGAGGUCACGUGGCCGCCGCCACAAACAAACUCGCGAGUUGGAGGGUAUGAUUUCCUUGGAGGGGAGGCCGAGGCCAUCCUGCUGAUUGCACGUGGAUUCGGCAAAUUUGAGUUUGCUGUCAAGGAAGCGAUGGAGCUCGCAGAGCUUCAACGACGGAAUGAGAGUUUUGAUGUGGAUGCUCUGCGAGAACGAGCUUUUCAAGCACUCAACCAACGGGGAAUGUCCUUUGAGCUCUUCACAUUGCUGGUGAAACGUGGCGGUGUCAACAUCCAGCAACUGCACAGCAUCGCGGAUCCGUGGCAACCGCCAGAGCAGUAUGAAGGCCCAGCUCUACUGGUGCUUGCACCGGACUCGCAGGAGUUUGCAAGCGCCAAGGAAAUCAAUGCGCAGUUCUGCACAGAAAUGGAGGUCGCUCUGGGUGCAGGCAGCCACUAUAACAUGAUGCAGGGUGCACAAGCCAUGGUACAAGCUCAACUGGUGAAGGACUUCCUGCAGAGGCUGUUUGGAGUCGAUUUUUCCAAUGCGAAUGUGCCGGGAAGCCUGAGCAUUGUUGUGCCUGAGAGCUCGAAGUCUGCGACAGAUGACACUGCUCCGGUUGACUUCGUGCAAGGCAUCCGUGCGCUCCGAGACGGCCCUGAGGGUUCAUGUGCUUAUUUUUUGCAUGGCCUGGAUGGAGAUGCCUUGGGACCGGGGAUGAGUCUAGGAUCUUUGCCCUCUAUGAUGUCUGGUCGUGUUUGCGCUGUCGAGUAUGAUGACGAGGCAUUUGCGUGCGAAAGCAUUGAAGCCCUGUCGAGGCUCUACAAGAGCCGCAUUCUUCAGGACCGAGCCAAGAAGCAAGCCGAGGAUGUGCUGUUGGCUGGUCGUUCGAUGGGUGCUCUCCUGGCAUGCAUGAUCGCUUUGGAGCUUCAGAAGGAACAAAUACGUUGUUCCCUGGUGACUCUUGACUCCGAGGUGAUUUGGCCUUCGAAACUGGACAACAGCUUUUGCUAUGACUGGCUGGGAGGAGAAGUCGAGGCCACGCUCUGGCUCAGCCGGUUGGCCGGUGCCAAAGAUUUCGUGGAGGAACAGGUCCAGUCAGCAGUCACUCGCGGACAUUUAUUCGAUGAGGGCGCUUCAAGGUUGCAGACAGCUGCUUUCGGGCAGAUUGCAUCCAACCUUACUGCCUUCGGAGUAAAUUCCUUGAAGGAGUUUCGCAGCAUUUGCACUCUGGCCAGUUCCAACUGCGCUCGCCUCCGACAACUACUCCGGCCUACAUCAGGCUCAAUGCGGGCACCAAGUGGAAUUUUUGACGGCAAAGUGCUCAUAGUUGCAGGAGAAGAGCGUGGACAGAAACUUCGGCAGGUAGCAAGCUCUCAUUGUCGGAACAUCUCCAUGUGCACUGUCAGCACGGAGGAAGUCUACGUCGGUGAAGCUGCCACAACCAUUGCCAAUGAGAUCUCCUGGUUCUUGCGCUCCCGCUCGCAGGACAGGCGACGAAAACCAGGGCCAGAGGCCACCCCUGACGGUAAGAGUGCAAGGGAGGAAGAGGCGCUGGUAAGUCUUGAAGAAAUCUCCACCGCGACCUACUUGGUUCCAGGACCUGACGGAGGCAUCCUGGGAGAGAUGUUCAACUUGGCGGAAGCUCUCAAUUGCGACUGCCAUUUGGACUUUGAUGAGGAGGCCUGCCGAUACUCGACCCUGCCGGAUGUCGCAGCACUCUUUCUUCGUCGCAUCUUCCAAGACCAGGGAUGGACUUCUGAGGAGGACUUGGUGCACGCCAGGCAGUGCAAGAUGGUUUUGGUGGGCCAUCGAAGUGGCGCUGUUUUGGCAUACGAAAUGGCGAUGCAGCUGCAGAACAUGGAAAUCGAUGUCCGGUUGGUCAUCAUACAAGGUGAAGUGUCCAUGGCUGGCAGUCAGAAAUGGUUGGGCAGCACCUGCGAGGCCACUUUGGCACUGGCGCACCGACUGGGUGCCAAAGACUUCGCGCUGCAAGAAGCAGCAUCCAUGGCUGCGGCGCGGAAGGAAAAACUCGAAGUCUCCAAAGGACGUUUGCAGACAAGAUGUGGCCUUGCCUUUGAUGGUAUUUCUGGAGGUUCCUUGAAUGGACACCCAAAGAAUGGUGUUUUGCUCGACGAUGAUUCCAACAAGCUUCUGAUGAAGGCUUUCUGGAAGGUGUCUGAUCAGCUGAAUGGUAUGUCUGUUGAGGGCUUCAAAGGCCUGAUACAAGACAUUGCUUCACGCAUGGAUUGGUAUAUGAACUUGGGCAGCGGGGGCGAUUUCGCCUUCGAUGGUCCUGCCCUUCUGAUCUUGGGUGACGGGGAAGCUCCCGAAGACGCUGAUGCGAUGAUUGAGAGCAACGCGCUGUAUUGCACAAAUUUAGAAGUCGCUGACGUCUCGGGAGAUGAACACACUUGCUUGAACGAUGACAACAUCAGAAUGCUAGCAGAUCAAAUCAUAGGUUGGCAGACCCAGAGAUGAUCAUCCUGCUGAACCCGAGCUGAUCCAAUCUGAAAACCCGUUUAGGAGAAACAGGUGCCAUAUCUGAUGAAUGGAAGUGAGCGAGUUCUGCAGAUAUUGUAAGACAUUGUAAGAGAGUGAAUCCCGCUGCCGUGCUGCAAGCACAGUCGGAACUUGCGCGUGUACUGCUUCUCUGAAUCCAAC